AUGCAUGUGAGACUGCCUGCAGUGGAUCCCUCAAUUUUUUUUUCUUUUCCCGUUGCUUCCCUUUCACUCAGCCUUCGUCGAAUCUUCUUUCCCUCUUUGCUCUUUCUAUUUUCUGAAAACCCUAAGAGGCUGAGAACGGCUCCUCUCUCUCUCGACCUACCUCAUCUUCAAUCGACCUCGGAUCUUUCAGUGAGAGCAUCAGCGUCGGGGCGUCACUCCUUCAUCAAGCUCUCGUCCGCCAGGCACGCACAUCACAGACCUGAGAUCAAUUCUAAUCGUUGCACUAUUGAGGCAGCCGCCAAAACCAUCUCUCUGGCCGAAGAAUAA